AUGGCUGAUCUACACAAAAGAUUUUUACAAGAAUCCGUUCGCCAACUCAGUCGCAUGGACGACGAGUUAGCUGAGGCGCACAAAACUAUAAGUGCUAUCAAAAUAGUGGGCUUCGGUUCGCUGGCAAGUCUCGCCAAGCGCCUGGCCCCCUGCCCCCAUGUAGAUGACCCUCCCAAGGCGGUCACCGAAGGGGACGCUCCCCACGCGGUCGCCGAAGGGGACGCUUCCCAGGUGGUUGCCGGAGGGGACACUCCCCAGGCCGUCGCCGAAGAGGACGCUCCCCAGUCCGUCGCCGAAGGGGACGCUCUCCAGGCCGUCGCCGAAGGGGACGCUUCCCAGGCCGUCGCCGAAGGGGAUGCUUCCCAGGCCGUCGCUGAAGGGGACGCUUCCCAGGCCAUCGCUGAAGGGGACACCCCACAGGUCGCUGAAGGGGACGCCCCCCAGGACGUCGCCGAAGGAGACGCCUCCCAGGCCGUCGCCGAGAACGUCCUCCAGGCCGUCGCCGAAGGAGACGCCUCCCAGGCCAGCCGUCGAGGACGUCCUCCAGGCAGUCGCCGAAGAGGACGUCGCCAGAAGAGGACGCUCCCCAGGCUGUCACCGAAGUGGACGCUCCCCAGGAGGUCACCGAAGGGGACGCUCCCCAGGCGGUCACUGCUGACACUGUCAGCGGGACGCCCCCAGGAGGUCACUGAAGUGGACGGCCUCCCAGGAGGUCACUGGCACGUCCCAGGAGGUCACCGAAGUGAUACCCAGGAGGUCGAAGGGGCUACCCCCAGGAGGUCACCGAAGGGACGCCCCCAGGAGGCCACCGAAGUGGACGCCCCAGGCGGUCACCGAAGCGACGCUCCCAGGCGGUCGAAGGACGCUACCCAGGCGGUCACCGAAGGAACGUUUCCCCAGGCGGUCACCGAAGGGACGCAUCCCAGGCGGUCAACGAAGGGACACCCCAGGCGGUCACCGAAGGACGCUCCCCAGGCGUCACCGAAGGGGAUUUUACCCAGGAGGUCACUGAAGGACGCUUCCCAGGCGUCACCGAAAGGACGCUCCCAGGCGGUCACCAAAGAGGAAGCUCCUGCUGUCAAUGGUGGUGCCUCGGUAGCCCCCGAGCUGCUGUCCAAAAGCCCCGGCCAAUAA